GCCCGGGGGGCCCCGAACAGCAGCGCUCGCCGCUCAGCGCCCCACAUGCGCAGGGCGCGGGGCGGCAGCGCGCCGGGGGACUGCUGCGGCGGCCGGGGGCUCUUCGUGGUGGGGAAGGGACUGUUCAGAGGUUCCACAAAUCAAUGCCCUUCUGGAAAAAGCGGAGAGUCUCUUCCAGCAGUUUUUGAGAAAAAUGUGCAGGAAGCCAUUGACAAUUAUACUUGUGAAAUGCUUUCAUCACUUUCAUCUAGUGGUCGUACAACACCCACAGAGUUGAAUAAUUCUUGGUCUGGAAUAAACAGCUAUACUACUGGUUUGUCUACUGAAAGAAGUUCAGUUUACUCCUGGAGGGAUGAUGAAUUUGAUAAAGCCAACACACAGAGAGUGCAUCAGUUAUUUUGGGAGAUUGAUGAAAUGCUGUUUGAAGGAAAAGUGACCUCCCAAACUCAGAGCCUGCAGGCAGAAUGUGCAGACUGGGUUGAACAAUUUCCUCAUCUAAGGGUUCUGGGAAAGCAGCUCCUGUUGCCAAAGGAUGAAGGUGUUCAGCAUUUUCAGAGCAGAAGUGCCUCCUGUGUAGAUACUAAGUGUUUACCUGGCCUCCAUGAAUGUACUAGUAAUAUAAAAGAGCUCUGCGUUUCAGGCUCUAAACUGAUCCCAACCGCAUCUCCAAUACAUAAACCACUAGAUUCAAGUUCCACUAAGGUUUCUACUUCUGACUCAUAUGUGUAUUUAUUCCUGGAAGAAGAAAUCUACGAUGUGGAUGGAAAAAUAGAAGAAUAUUUUGCCUUUGACAACAAGGAACUUGAUGAUGAGAGUUGGCAAGAAAAGAAAAUACAUCUGGCUGAGAAGAGGAGUAAGCGUGGCUUUCCCCCUGUUUCUCCCAAUGCCUGUAUCAAAGAUGCUGUGGCUUCUGAAGUGUUUGAUUGUAUCUGGAGCAAUAUCAUUGGAAUAUUGGAGGAACUGAUUAAAAAAAAUUGGAAAACUAGUAUCACAGAGGGUGACAGACAGGUGGAAAAGCUGAAAGCUGUUACAACAAAACCGCCACCUUUGCCAGUUGUUCGUAUUACUGCAGAUGCUGGGAGUGUUCCUCUUUCCAGAGGCUCUGAAACACGAAGUGUAUCUUUUGUUUCCUCACAGUUGUUUCCUCCUGAUAGAGUUAAGAAAACAGAUGGGUCUCUUCCCUGGACUGCAGGGAUGUCAAGUUACAACCUGAAGGGCUUUACUCACAAUCCUGUUCACCGUUUCUCCAGCAACUUCUGCAGUGAUUUGAAUGGUGUGAUGACAAUUCAAGCAAAGCCGCUUCAGAAGAGGCAUGUUGCCACAGCAGAAAAAAUACAGCAUGAGCAAGAAGACAAACAGCAUUGCAUUGGCUCCAGUGCUCCAAGUUCAGUGCUGCACACUAGGUUGGGGAGAAUUGCUGAUAACAGUGUUCUCUCAACAUCUCGGGUACUGCUGACAUCUUCUAGGAAGCUACCAAGCCAUCGUAGGUUACCUUCUCUCACUUCUGACCAACUCUUCUCAAAACCUCCUAAUAUGUACAAUGAUGAAAUCCUUAGGGGGACUAAAUUAUGUGCCAACUCAGAUCGUUUGUCUUCUGCUCGUGCCUCUACAACCCGGAAUAAGCUACCACCAAUAAACUCAGAGGCUGUUGAACAAUAUAUUUCAGUGCCCCAGUUGCAGCAGAGCUCUCGUCGAGGGCCAUAUGCCCACAGCAGAGUGUCAAGUGCAGUGUCUGGUGGUACAGAGCAACGGCCACUCAGAGAAAGAAUUGUCUUUAAUGAUCAGUUUUCAAGACCCAACACAACUCAUACAUUCAGGAUACGUUACAAUACAGACACAUCUCAGAAGAGAUCACUGCCUCUCAUGAAUUUUGUAAACAGAGGAACAGGUCAAGGAUUAUUAAUAGGCUCACAGCAUUACUACAGAUCCUUUCAGAGAAAUCCUCCAACCUCAAGGAGAAGAUUUCAGAUUGCUUCUUAACCCAUCUGAUGAAGAAACAGAAACCCCUGCACUAAAUGAAAGACUGAAGAGCUGAAUUUGCCAGCUAGUAGCUUGUGUGACAAAGAACAUGUGUAGUAUGCUGGUUUCUGCUGAGCCUUGCAAUCCUCAGGAUGCCUGCCUUGCCUUCUUUUAAAGUUGUCUGACCACGAGUUAGAUUAAAACUUAGAGCAGAAUUAAAUAAAUGGUUGAGAUAUCAGUGUUGGGCAUCUGCUCUGCAGUCAAGAUGCUGCUUCUGCUGCUGCACUUUCUUCUCAGGCAUUCCUCCUUUUUUUCUGUUUUUGCUUAGGCAAUUUUUAUUCUACCUAUAGAAGCAAUAUGUUAUGUUUAGGUUGUGAAGUAAUGUUCUCACUUUUUUGUGUUUCCUCAGUGUUAAGAGUCUUCUAGUCUAUCCAAAUAUCAGUCAUAUAUAAAAUCUGUAUUUUUAAACAGGAGUUUGCGGUAUCUCAUCUUUAACUCCUGUUUUAACAUUUCUCCCAUUUUUCAGACUGCUUAUUUCAGUUACUGUCUUAAAUAAUGUCUGUCCCUUUUUCUUCCUUUAAUUCUUUUGAGAUGGAAUUAAUUAAUUGCUUUUACUUCCCUUGUUCUGCUCGUAAGUUAUUGUGGGAACUGCUAGGAUAAACUUUGUAUACAGGAAUAAAUGAUUUUUCUCUGUCAGGAUAAACGUUUGUAGAUCCUGAGCAAUUGAAUCUGCAUGCUGACAAGUCAGUAAGACCAUUCCAACUUCUUGAGAUUUCUUAUAAAAUAUUGCAUAUUACUGUAUGAAUUAGUAAUAUUUUUUAGUAUCCAAGCCUUCAAAGUUUUAAUGUGAAAACCUGUACGUAAUUGAUGAAAGCAUUAUUUAAUACCUCUUUGUGCAGACCCAGAUGGGAAAAUCAAAAGAGGAGAUGUGGAUUAUGUUCUGCCCAGACAUCACAGCCCUGAUUGGUUCCCUGGCGAGUAGUGCUGUGUGUGCAUUUGCAGUCAGAAAUUCCCCUUUCCAUCAGAGAGCUAGCAGUUACAGUAGAUGUGUUUGAAGAACUCUUGAAGGGGAAAGAGGGAAGGAGAAAAACUUAAAGUAUGUACCCAAAUUUUGCAGUUAAGAAUGGAAUCAGUUUCUUGGGAACUAAAACUAGUUCUCACUUCUUCUUAUGACUACUGAAGGGUUGAUAAUCUAAGGCAAAGCAUUUGUAAUAUAUAUUUUAUGUAUAUUGUUUAUCAGAUUUCAGGUUUGUGUAAGUGGUCAUCAAACAUUGCAUUCUUUUAAGUAAAUGAAAACAUUUUUAAAUUAC